AUGAGAUUGUCGACUUUUCAAAGCCUCAAGAACAGAGACAGCAGGGGGAUACGAUUCUCGUGUAUCUACCCUCGCGUCAUAUAUCCGUUGUUUAGCCGUAUCUGCAGAGUGUGGUGGACAAUAUUAUCACCUGAGCCUCUCCCCAUGACGCCAAUAUGUUCACCACCAUCACCUGAGGAAGAAGCCAUCAUCACUGUCAUACACGGCUUCCUUGCGGCAUUAAAUGCGAAGUCGUCGGCCGACUUCGAGAAGUACUGCAUCCGAGCAGGAGGAAUGUCACUUUGGCCACCGCCGCCUAUGGUACCCCGUUUCUGUACGAUUGGCGUCUUUGUGGAGCAGAUUGCAAACGUGCAGGAUGAAAUCGACGAGCGGAUCUGGGAUCCUGAGGUGAAGGUAUACGAAUUGGGUAAUAUGGCUGCAGUGUGGGCGCCGUUCAGAUCGAAGAUCAAUGGCGUUGUGAACCAUGUGGGUGUCGAACUUUUCGUGCUUCAUAAACUCAACGGAGAAUGGAAAGUGACUGGUAAACAAAAUUGA